GCCUGAGCAUGCGUUGAGAUAAAAAUAUGGAUGAAUUCCAAGGAAUUCACAGGAAUUCCAAGGAAUUCCAAGGAAAUCCAAGGAAUUCCAAGGAAAUCCAAGGAAUUCCAAGGAAAUCCAAGGAAUUCCGAGGAAUUCCAAGGAAUUCCAGUUGCUUGUACACUAGAUUUCCACCGCGGUUUACCCCUCGACUUGACCCCUAGUAUUUGGAAUAGUUGACAAUUAUUUCUUGUUUUGUUUUCCUCACACGGUGUAACUCUUUGUGCUGAAGUAAUGUACAAACUUUGAGAUUGAUAUCUCAUCAAAUACGCGAGUUAUUAAAAAAAAACAGUUUUUAAUUUCCAACUUUGACACCCUGUAUAUCGAGUAUGAAGGCCUAAAUUGAAAAAUGGUAUUUAGAAACUCAUAUUGUUUUUGUUCAAGGAAUCUAUGGUUAAUGGAUUGCCCUCCAAAUUUGAAAUAUAUGUUAUGUUUUAGGGUUCACAUCAUACAGUAAUUGUAAGCAUCUACAGGGAGAUAUUUUUUCAGGGGUCAAGCCCUUUUUCAUUCCAUAAACUUGUUUGUGGUAUGCCACUGUUAAAUUUCGAAAUAUAAAAUGAUUGUUUUGUUCUGUUUAUAAACUUUUUCUGAAAUCUUGAUACUGAAUUUUGAAACACCAUGUAUACCAUGGUCACAAGGAAUAUUAUUAUUACUUAGGGAUCAAGAUUAUUUUCCAAGGCUUCAGUGGUAAUAAUAUUCUUUAAUACAAAUGUGUUUUAUAAUUUUUUCCACUACUGGCAACAUUUUUCACUCAUUGAAGUUAAAGAAAAAUAAAGAAUUAUUUUGAAACACCAUCAUAUUUUUGUGUCUGAAAUUUUCCACAUUCAAUAUUUUUUUUUAAACCAGAACAAGUCUCAUUUUCUUAACACUGUCAGUUUUACUCUUCCUCUCCAUUUCAACUGAUCAAUCAGGAUUUGUAGCCAGAUAUGGCAGCCAACUUUAGCAGUUUCAACCAGUCUGUGAUCUCAGCUACUCAGGCAGCUGAUUGCAGUAUUAGGUUAGGAAUCUGUUGUCUCUAUUUUUACCAGGAUUUUCCCUGAAUAUUCAUCCCAUUGAAAAGGUUUAGACAAGGGUUUUGAGGAAGGAAAUUGAUUUAUGAUAAGUUUAUCCUUUUUGAAACAAUUAUCUUCUUCUACAUAUCACAUUGCAAUUUGAAUUCAGAUUCGUAAUAAGUGGGUAUGUUCUAUGAACUACUUCCUAGUUGAUAAAAUAAAUAGUACCUUGGUAGUGAAAUACCAGUUCACAACUUGAAAAGCAGUAUAAUGGUGGAGAUAAUGGUGGGUUCUAGGGCUAGUGGUGAAAAAAAUAUAUUCAUAAUAUCAGCUUCCUUAUUUAAUAAAAAUCCAACUACCCACCAGUAGCUAAGUCUGUAACAGCCACUCCAACUUUUACUGGUUCCCCUCCACUUGGUCCAGUUAUAUGCAAUAACCCACCAACAGAUGCUGCUAUCACAUCAUAUCCAGGCUUAUGUUUGUAUGGCCCCUUUGAACCAUAUCCAGUAAUUGAACAGUAGAUCAGAUGAGGUGCAACUUUAUUGAAGUCCUCAUAACCUAACUGCAGUUCAUCUAACUUUCCAGGAACAUAGUUUUCAACAAGAACAUCUGAUUUCUUAGCUAGUUUAUACAGUAUAUCUCUACCUUUUGGGGACUUCAAAUUCACACAUAUACUUUUUUUGUUACGAUUCACAGCAACAAAAUAACAGGACUCAGAAGUAUUUCCUAUGAAUGGUGGUCCCCAUUUCCUGGACUCAUCUCCAGUACCAGGACGUUCAACUUUGAUAACUUCAGCACCCAAAUCACUCAAAACCAUAGUACAAUAAGGUCCUGCUACGAUUCGAGUCAAAUCAAGAAUUCUAAUACCAUUCAGAGGGGAAUUUUCCACAUUAUUAUCAGUUGCUAAGAAAUUUCUGCAUUGUAAACCAAUUUUUCGGCUAUCAGAAAGUAAUAAAGAACACCUGCUAAGGCGAUACAUGCUGACUAAAAUACCAAUGUACAAACUGUGUUUCACAUAAUAUUCUCAUACCUGUUGUUCGUCAGUCUCCAGCACAGUCACAGUGGAAGUGGUAGCCUCUUGUUGAUCUUGACAUGUGACUGGGUCUGCCAUCAUUUUAAACCAGCCGCACAAAAUGGCUUCCGAAGCAAACAUCCAAAGACUGAACAAGGAUCUUUAUCACUUUGAAAUCGUCGACUAUGUCGUCUUUUCUUCCAUGCUGCUGCUCUCAGCUUUAACAGGUCUCUACUAUGGCUGCAGGAGCAAAUAUUGCAAGAGCGAGUCAGGCCAAACGCUCAGUGAAUAUUUGACAGGAAACAGGAAUUUAAAACCGUUUCCUGUGGCUCUUUCUCUUAUCGCCAGUUAUGUAUCGGGAGUCACAAUUUUGGGUACACCUUCCGACAUUUAUCUCUUUGGAACUCAGUAUUGGUUGAUAGUGAUUUCAAUAUGGUUAAGUGGAUUAGUAGUUUCUACAGUAUAUCUUCCAGUAUUUUUGAAAUUGCAAGUCCAUUCUUCAUAUGAGUACCUGGAACUAAGGUUCAGUAGUGUAGUACGAACUAUAGCAUCCGUAUUUUUCGUUCUAGACGAGGUGAUGUUCCUUCCUAUAAUUAUAUACGUGCCUUCCUUGGCAUUUAAUCAGGUUACUGGGAUCAACAUACAUUUGAUUGGCACAAUAGUAUCUGUUGUGUGCGUUUUUUAUACUUUCAUGGGAGGACUGAAAGCUGUAGUUUGGACUGAUUCGUGGCAGGUAAUAGCCAUGUUUAUUUCAGUUGUCCUUGUUGUAAUUUUGGGAAGUAUCUCUGUCGGUGGACCGAGUGUUAUCAUAGAUUUGACUAGCAAAGGAAAUAGAUUUGACUUUUUCAAUUCCAACCCAAGUAUGUACGAAAGAUACACAAUCUUCAGCGUUAUAAUUGGCGGCUUCAGUUACUGGACGUGCUUCAAUUCAGUCAACCAGACGAUGGUUCAGAGAUAUCUUUCAUUGCCAACCGAAAGACAAUCAAAAAUAUCUGUGCUUAUCUUCACCAUAGGUGUAUCUGGAUUCGUCUGGAUCUGCUGCUAUGCAGGAAUUCUGGUUUAUGCAACCUAUUAUGGUUGCGAUCCUCUCUCCAUGGGGCGAAUACAGGCAGAUGACCAAAUCUUACCACUAUUCGUGAUGGAAACUGUAGGACAUCUCAGAGGUGUCCCUGGACUCUUCAUUGCUGGAGUUUUUGGCGCAGCGCUGAGCUCUUUAUCAGUUGUGCUCAAUUCGACAGCUCAAGUGUUUCUGGAAGACUUCCUCAAGGGUUGCAUGAAGAUGACCUUAUCUGAAAGAAUCGCAACAAUAGUUGUGAAAGCGGUGAUUUUGGUACUUGGAAUAAUAGCUGUAGGAUUUCUAUACGUUGUCGAACAUAUGGGAGGAGUUCUAGCAAUGGCAUCUUCGUUAUCUGCCAUAGCAGCGAGUGUCUCAUGCGGCAUGUUCACUUUGGGGAUGCUGAUUCCUUGGGCGAACUCCUAUGGUGCCAUAGCUGGAGCCAUAUCGGGGGCAGUAAUGUCUGGCUUGGUAUCGUUCGGAGGACAGUUCGUGUCAGCUGCCAAACUUGUGGUGGCCCACAGGUUGCCCGUCUUCGUGAAUGAUUCUUGUUUCGAGAAAUAUGGCAUUCCGAACGAUACAACUGUUACUCCAAUAAUCUACCCCGAUGAAUCAGAUAUUUUUCCACUGUUCCGUCUCUCCUUCAUGUGGAUAACACCGAUAGGUGUGAUAUCAGUUCUUCUGGUGGGAAUGAUAGUCAGUUUGCUCACGGGAAAAACCGAUAUGAGGAGUAUGGACCCAGAGUUGAUUUCUCCGGUUGCAAAAUGGAUGCUGCCGGCAGAAGCCCAAAGAUACGCCGGAUCCGCCAUCAGGAAAGCGAGAAACAGGGAGAUCUUGGAAAACGAGAAUAUGGUCCAGGUACAGAUGAUCACCAUAAGGGAGAUGUCCCCAUCAGAAAUGAGGAAGACAAGUUGAUGAGAAGAUUAUGAUAUUGUUGUGGUUGUGUUUGUUAUAGGUAGUUUGAAUUGUUUGAACCCAGCAGUAUUAUUAGGCCCUCGAUUAGGCCAAGAGAAAUAUUCUGAUAUUAUUAUUCAUUAUAGAUUAUCAUUAAUGGAAUAAAAUA